CUCACUAAUUUCUUCAGUCAAUAUGUGUUCAAAUGCUUCCAGGUUGAUGACACAAGCAGUGAAGAUUGCAAAGAAACUGAUUGUAAAUACCCUAUCGAGGGGAAUAAAUCAGACUAUCCGCUAUAAACAAUCUGAAGGAAGCUAGUUAUGAAUACAACAGAAAUCCCGUUUCAAAUGAUUUUAGCAUCUCUAAGUCACGGGCUUGACACAAACCAGGGCCAUCCUUUGCUACUGAUUUAGAAAUGAUUUGAAGGCAUAAUCAUUCGUCUUCUCAGAGCAUGAUUAAUGACGAUGAUCACCACCCUGAGAUUAAUGAAAUUAUACCUUAUCAAUCACAUGUAAAUUUCCACCCUGCAAAAGCUCUAAGUUCACCUAAAGUUUACCUCGAAAAAGCAAAGGACCACUACUUGCUUAAAUCUGGAAGGAGGCUAUUGUCUACAAAAUAACAAGGCAGUCAGAACAAAUUUCUCAAAGAUUGCCUUAGUCAGUUACCCUGGGUCUGGAGAGGCCUUCCUUAGAGAAAGUCUUGAAGAAACCACUAAAAUUUUUACAGCUGACGAUGCAGAGCAUGAGUAUAAGAUGAGCCCUAAAAUUAGCAAUGCUUGGAUAAUUAACACCCAUUUCCCGCUCCAAAAAGCUCAGAAGUUUAAAGCAAAGAAGGCGAUUGUUCUAAUAUAAGAGAUCCAUUGGAAACAAUUGUCGAAAGCAAAAAGAAGGUAUUUCUGUCAGAUAUCAACUCACAAGCCUCAGUCAGGUUAGAAAAAUUUGAGAGCAGUGACUCCCUUGAUGCCAAGAAGUUAGAAAAAUGGGCUAGAUUUUAUGAAUAUUGGAUAGACCCGAAACGGGAAUGCUUAACAUAUUUUGUGAAAUAUUCAGAUUUAGUUAAGGACCUCCCGAAAGUGAUGAAAGAUUUAUGAUGAUUUUUGAUUGGGUGACAGAAGAAGGAUCUAAAAGGAAGUGUACUUGAAAAGUUAUGAAACUCAAAAAUAAUCCACGCCUCCAGACACCUCACCCCUCCUUCCUGCUCUCUCUCCUACUCGACCAACGCACAUCUCCUAUCCACACCGGGAAUUACCAAAAUCCUCAAUUUCACUGGUCGCUUACAUCCCAGAAUCGUUCUUCCUCUCCGUAUGUCCUUCUGUCCAAACCCUUGCUCUGAUGCAGAAAUCCUACAAGAAUCCGCAGCUUCAGCUGCGGUUAGAACUUCAGUACAAGGUACACAUUGAAACAACCGGGUUUAGGACCUGAAACAGAACUGAUAACUCCAGGGCUUCCAAAAUUAGCUACUCAAAAUACGAAUUAUCGUUAGAUGAAGAAGAAAGAGAGGAACAGAAUCCAACGAUAGACCAACGCAACCAGUUUUGCUAUUUUCAAGCGAUUGAGAAGGAACCGAAAGAGAUGGAAUAUAUGCUCCUGAAUAAAGAAAAAGAUGUCAAGAUGUUCCUUCGGAAUCGGAUUAAACAAUUUGAGUAAUCUAUCAGUUGCCUUGAAACUCGAAUUUAAUUUAGAAACUCUUUGAUGCAAUGUUCAA